GUAGGUAAAUGUAUUUCCUGUCAGGAAACUCAGAAGGAUCUCAAGGAAACCACAACACAACAGGAAAUCCUGAGCGGAAGAAAAAAGACAUGCACUGAGUGUGGAAAAAACUUAUGUGAUUACUCCAGCCUUAUAAAGCAUCAGAAAAUCCACACAGGGGAGAGGCCCUAUGAAUGCUGUGAGCAUGGGAAAAGCUUCACUAUCAGUUCAGGCCUUUCUAAACAUCAGAGAAUCCACACAGGGAAGAAGCCCUAUGAAUGCACUGAGUGUGGGAAAAUUUUCACUUACAAAUCAGGCCUUUUUCUCCAUCAGAGAAUCCACACAGGAGAGAGGCCCUAUGAAUGCAGUGAGUGUGGGAAAACCUUCAAUCGCAACCUUUCUAAACAUCAGAGAAUCCACACAGGGGAGAGGCCCUAUGAAUGCAGUGCAUGUGGGAAAAGCUUCACUAGCAGCUCAGGCCUUUCUAAACAUCAGAGAAUCCACACAGGGGAGAGGCCCUAUGAAUGCAGUGAGUGUGGGAAAAGCUUCACCAGCAGCUCAGGCCUUUCUAAACAUCAGAGAAUCCACAAAGGGGAGAGGCCCUAUGAAUGCAGUAAGUGUGGGAAAAGCUUCACUAGCAGCUCAGGCCUUUAUCAGCAUCAGAGAAUCCACACAGGGGAAAGGCCCUAUGAAUGUAGUGAGUGUGGGGAAAAAUUCAAUCGCAGCUCAGUCCUUAUUAGGCAUCAGAGAAUCCACACAGGGGAGAGGCCUUAUGAAUGCUGUGAGUGUGGGAAAACCUUCAAUCGCAGUUCGCACCUUAUUAGGCAUCAUAGAAUCCACACAGGGGAGAGGCCCUAUGAAUGCCGUGAGCAUGGGAAAAGCUUCACUAGCAGUUCAGGCCUUUCUAAACAUCAGAGACUCCACCCAGGGGAGAGGCCCUAUGAAUGCAAUGAGUGUGGGAAAACCUUCAAUCGCAGCUCAAACUUCCUUACGCAUCAGAGAAUCCACACAGGGGAGAGGCCCUAUGAAUGCUGUGAGUGUAGAAAAUGCUUCACUAGCAGCUCAGGACUUUAUCAGCAUCAGAGAAUCCACACAGGGGAGAGGCCCUAUGAAUGCAGUGAGUGUGGGAAAAGGUUCACUACCAGUUCAGGCCUUUCUAAACAUCAGAGAAUCCACACAGGGGAGAGGCCAUAUGAAUGUUGUGAGUGUAGAAAAUGUUUCACUAACAGCUCAGCCCUUUCUGAACAUCAGAGAAUACACACAGGGGAGAGACCCUAUGAAUGCUGUGAGUGUGGGGAAAAAUUCAAUCGCAGCUCAGUCCUUAUUAGGCAUCAGAGAAUCCACACAGGGGAGAGGCCCUAUGAGUGCUGUGAGUGUGGGAAAACCUUCAGUCGCAGUUCACACCUUAUUAGACAUCAGAGAAUCCACACGCGGGAGCGGCCUUAUGAAUGCAGUGAGUGUGGGAAAAGCUUCACUAACAGCUCAGCCCUUUCUAAACAUCAGAAAAUCCACACCGGUGAGAGACCCAAUAAAUGCAGUGAGUGUGGGAAUACCUUCUGUUGGCACGUAGCCCAUGUGAGCCAUCAGAGAAUCUGCAAGGGAGGUGAACACCAUAAAAACCUCUAGGGCUAUCAAUUUUUUUUCUUUAAUACUUUUCCUGAUUCCCACAUAGUAACUUUUGAAGCUGUUUGAACUGUUUGCUGCACUGAUAUCCCUCAGCUUGACCAGAUGGGUGGCCCAUUUUCGCCUUUUCCAGUUUGCCCUCUUUUGAGGUGGGCCCCUUUGUCCUUUCUAUCAACUCCAUUAUGCCAUGAGUAAUUCGAGUGUGCCCUUCCUAUCAGGAACCAGGUAGCAUCACAUUUAUACCAUUCCUUCUAUUGCAAAGUUAUUGUUAGUCACUAGUGAUACAGAUUGUAUCAUUGCCAGUUGUUCUCAUGUUGCUCUGGAUUGUGCUGAAGAGGAGAUAUAAUGGGAAUUUUUCAAAUUAUAUUUAAAUGAAGAGGAGCAGGGGCAGGAAAAAAAGUGUCAUUUCAGCCUCUGUGACACUGGAAGGAGAUGGGAAGACUCAGAGAUUCCCUCCUUCCCCGUCACUGCAGAACUGUUACCUUUUGUCUGAGCCAUGCAGAGGUUAUCUUCAUCACAUUCUAUCCAUCCACUUCUCAGAGUGUCAUGUGAAGAAGAGUUCUCAAUUGUCUGUGCUCGGAGAUGAUGCUUUGACUUCUUUAAUCCUAUACCAGAGUCGCUCUGACUGGAGAGGAAAGUGUCAAAGAUCGGGAAGGGGAAUUCAAAUGGAUCCAAAACACAGUAUGAUUAUUUGGCAUUUAAAUCCCAGGUUCCAUCUAUUGGUAAACCACUUGGGGCAAAUUGGCUGUUUUUCCACACAUUAUGGGGAUGCUAGGAUACUAAACAUGUUGUAAAUAACAUAACUGACUAUUGAGACAGUGCUGAAUGAAGUAUGUUUGAAUGAAUCAGAGGAGAAUGUGAUGGGAGAAUCUCUUGUCCUGAUUCUGAAUAAUCAGAUGCAACCUGCUC